AUGGAAUCGGUAGUUGAACGGUGUAAGAGAGAGACACAUAAGUUCAAGAAAUUGUACGACUUCGAAUCGGCAUACUGGUGGGCAGAGAAAUGGUUCUCCUCGUUAUUGAGCGAUGAUGAGACUUCUUCGAAUGCCAAGAAUUUGAACUUGUUUGAUUCAAAAUGGGUUAACUUUCCAAACAAUGUAAUCGACUCGUCAUUGAUGGAGCCGCUGGAGGAAAUGAUCAGCUGUUUGAUUCACAAUUUUGAGUUCGCUCGAGCUGUUCAUUUCAUCAAGACCAACGGGCUGCACAUCAAUUCCAAGACCUUCUUCUUGCUCCUUCUUCACUGCCAAGUGCAGCUUCGCGAUUGGAAUAACGCAGAACAAACUCUCAUCGACUACGAUGACAGACUGGUUGGCAAAGCUGAUCUGACGAAUCUGACAGCAUCAGAAGAUCCCCAGCAGGCCAGAAUCGCCCAUUUGAAAGGAGUGGUUUUCAACGCGCUAGAGAAACGAGAACUGGCAGUCGACGAGUUUAAAUUCAGUGUCAAAUCGGACGCAACGGCUGUUUCGAGCUUAUUGACACUGGCGAAUAGAAAGAUGAUGCCGGAGAAAGAAGCUCAGUGUUUUAUCGAAGACCUGUUUUCCGAUCAGAAGGAAGGAGAGUUGAGAAAUGUGUAUGAAAUGCAUUUGACGCCGACCGAGUAUACUCAGAAAGUAAAUCAAAAAGAAAAUCCACUAUCGAAUAUGUGUUCUAUAGAGAAUCUGAUUUGGCAAGUAGAAGAUCAGAUGUCAAAAUUUAACAACGACACCGCUUUACGGCUCUCUUCAAAACUUAUGAAGAUUGAUCCUUACGACGAGCGAAUUCUUCUCAAUCACAUAGGCCUGCUUGCAGAGUCAGACCAGUCCAAUGAGCUGUAUAAACUUGGGCAUUUAUUGAUCGGACUUGAUCCAGACAAAUGGAUCGGUUGGUAUUGCGCGGGAUGCUAUUACAUGGUCGUGAAGAAACAUAUGAAAGCUAUUGAUAUGCUUCGAAAGGCGCUGACAAAGGACCCGAAUUUUGGGCAUGCCUAUCUAGCACUCGGGCAUGUUUUCAGCGAGGAAAAAGAACAUGAUCAAGCGAUGAACUCCUACCUCUCCGCCCAAAGAGUGAUGAGGGGCUCGGCGUUGCCUGAUUUAUAUGUGAGCGUGACCUACAGAUCAAUAGGAAAUUAUGAAGAUGCACAUUCAUUCAUCAAACAGGCCUACAAUUGUGAGCCACAGAAUCCACUGGUGCUUCAUGAAUACGGAACGAAUCUGAUAAAGCUGGAAGAUUAUGAGGAUGCGACCAAGUUUAUGAAUAUGGCGCUGAAUAUUCUCAUGCAGAACGCUCGACGCAACCGACAAACUGAAUUGUCUCCGAAAUGGGCUCCAUUGCUCUUUAACCUCGGCACUGCCUUACGCCACAAGGGAGAUUUCAACGAAGCGAUAGAACUGCAUAAGCGAGCACUUAUCCUCAGCUCCAAUUCUGCCGAAGCGCAUAUCAUUCUAGCCACCUCGCUCUUUGCCGAUAAUUUAUUCGAGUCAGUCGAGCAGCUUCAAAACGCAAUGACUUACAAUCGCCAGGAUUCAUUUACGAACGAUAUUUUGACAAGAGUGAUGAAUGAACUUGGUAAAGAAGACCAUUCGGUGCUGUUUGAAGAUUCCAGUGAUGAAGAAGACGAGCAAAUAAAACCGCUUCCUUCGCAGCAGGAUGUUCAGCAAUUCGUAACUCCUCAAAAUCGACCGAGACUGCAGUCGACUCCUCGAGAGUUCCAGUUCAAUGUUGAUGAUUCAUUCGAUAUGAGUAUCGACGAAGAUUCAAACAUGGAGGAUGGCGAGCGACUCGACAACUCCGGCGAUUUAGACGCGUCUGACGAUACAUUGCCUCUUUAG